CAAUCCAACAAAAACAAUGUCUUCCACGAAGCUCUUUUCCACUUUUCUUUUCUCACUAACCUUAUCUCUCAUUCUCCAAACAUCUUUUGGAGCUGACCCUCUCUUCCAUUUCUGUUCAAAUUCUCAGAAUUUCACAGCCAAUAGUCCCUAUGAAUCAAACUUGAAAACUCUCAUCAACUCGCUCAUCUACAAGACCCCUUCAUCAGGCUUUGGUGUUGCAUCUGUGGGCAUAGAUCAAAACCAGAAAGCAUACGGUCUUGCUCUUUGCCGUGGUGAUGUAUCAGCCUCGGAAUGUAAAACCUGUGUUUCUGAGGCACCCAAAGAAAUCCUUAAUCGCUGUCAGUACAACAAAGGUGGCAUCAUUUGGUACGACUACUGCAUGUUCAAGUACUUGGACACUGAUUUCUUUGCCAAGAUUGACUACACAAACAGGUUCUACAUGUGGAACCUCAACAAUGUGAGUGACCCUUCGUCGUUUAACUACAAGACUAGAGAGUUAUUGAGCCAGCUUGCGGAGAAAGCUUAUGUUAACAGCAACUUUUAUGCAACUGGAGAGGUAUACCUUGAGAAUUCAGUGACCCUUUAUGGGUUGACUCAGUGCACCAGAGACCUUUCAAGCAAUGAUUGCAAGAAGUGUCUUGAUGAUGCGAUUGGCGAGCUCCCAAAUUGUUGUGAUGGCAAAGAAGGAGGUAGGGUUGUGAGUGGAAGUUGCAACUUUCGUUAUGAGAUAUACCCUUUUGUCAAAGAGUAGACACAUCAUACUCGUUUUUUAUUCAGCCUCGGUUAUAAACCUUGUUAUGUUAAUUAAGUAAUGAUGAAUAAAUU